AUGGCUCUCUCGCAUUAUAAACGAUGCCUUGAAAAACAUCUCCUGAAAUCAAACAGGAAAAUAGGACUCUUGGCCUUCAUCGCCCUUGCCCUACUUUUCGUUCUCUGGUCAACAAGAGAGGAUUCUGUAAGGAACACAAUUGCCGAAAACAGGAAAAACUCAAAAUAUUCUUAUACUACCAAUAGAGACUCACUCAAGAAAAACUGGGUCCCAAAGAACCUACCCAAGGAUCAUAUCUCAACCUAUGAUUUGAAUAAGUUGAAAACUACAAGUGACCCCCUAAAUAACAAGGAGAAGAUUCUAAUUUUAACGCCAAUGGCUAACUUUCACGAAGAAUACUGGAAUAAUCUCCUCGCUUUAGAUUAUCCAAAAUCGUUGAUUGAAUUGGGAUUCAUUCUUCCAAGAACUUCAGAAGGUGAUAAGGCCCUCAAGAAAUUACAAUCGAAGGUGAAACAAGUUCAGUCAACAACAGAUAAAUACUCGAAAAUCACCAUCCUAAGACAAGACAAUGAUUCUCAAGAUUCUCAAUUGGAGAAGGACAGACACGCUUGGGACGUCCAAAGAGAGAGACGCUCCCAAAUGGCCACUGCUAGAAAUUCCUUGUUGUUUUCAACUAUAGGCCCCUUCACUUCCUGGGUUCUUUGGUUGGAUUCCGAUAUAGUGGAAACCCCACACACUUUAAUCCAGGAUUUGGCCAAACAUGAUAAACCCGUCAUUGCAGCAAAUUGCUAUCAAAGAUAUUAUGAUGAGAACCUAAAGAAGGAUUCAAUUAGACCUUAUGACUUCAAUAAUUGGGCAGAAUCGGAUGAAGGACUACGUUUGGCGGCUACUCUCCCUGAAGACCAAAUCAUUGUCGAAGGUUAUCAAGAAAUAGUCACUUACAGACCCUUGAUGGCACAUUUCUACAACCAAAAUGGAGAUCCUGCAGAAGAAAUGGCAUUGGAUGGUGUUGGCGGAACUUGUCUGCUGGUUAAUGCCGACGUCCACAGAGAUGGCGCAAUGUUCCCCAACUUCCCAUUCUACCACUUGAUUGAAACCGAAGGAUUCGCCAAAAUGUGUAAGAGGUUGGGCUACGAAGUUGUAGGUCUACCAAACUAUUUGGUAUACCAUUACAACGAAUAA